GUUAUUAUUGUCGUGGGAAGCCUGCGAGGUUGAACACUUAGUAUGAAAGCGUGUGAAGACAGGUGACGAGACAAGGAGGGUGGCGCAAGGCUGUAGUUACCUCUUGAUCCUCACGGCGACCUCACCUCCGCCAUGUUACAACACUCACGAACGCCUGGAGUGGUGUUGAUGGUGCUGGUCAUCUGUUACUGCGCCAUCCCUCCUGUUUCCACCUAUGCAUACGGCCAGGACAGCGGGUCAACGUUUUACUGCCCAUAUCGCCACGUCGUGAAGGAGGAGACACAAAUCCUGGAGGCGUCUGUGGUGGAGGUGGAAACAAAGCCCAUUAGUGUUGUCAGUUUGCGCACCGCCACGUACACCACCACCACCACCCUCACCGCCAUUACCCACCUGUCCCGCACUGUCACUAUCCACAGGCCAAACGUGCAGAUAGUGCAUAGCGUAGUGGUGACAUCACCUCAGCACAUCACGCGCACUGAGGUGUCAACUGUGCCAUGGACCAUUACUUUCACCACCACGGCCCUCACCACCGCCAUCUCCACUCGCCUCCUCCACACCACCACCACGUUCGUCCCUCCACGCCUCCCUCCCGUCACUUCCACCUCCACCUUGGUGUUGGAGCAGCCAGUCACCUCCCUUGUCCCCAGCGUCUCUUACGUGACCCCGGUGGAGACGGUGGUGGAGUUCCUGACGAAGAUAGUGACCACCCGUGUCGUUGGCCAGGCCCCCGCUGUGACUUCCACUCGCACCAUCACCGACACCAUUGUCUUCACUGUGUGUCUCCCUACGCCCUUCAAUAGAUAGAUCUUCGUAUGGGUAUUGCAUUUUUCCGUGGUGUGAGAACCUGCGUCUUGAUUUGUACAAAGUAACAUUCUUCGUCGUUUUUACUUCCCUUUCGUUAAUGUCAUAAAUAAAGAGUAUUCAUUUG